GGGCUCCCUGGGCGGCGCGCGCCCCCGCCCUGCCAUUCACAGGCGACGUUAAGCCAGCGGUCCUCAAAGUCCGUCCUUCCCGUUAGGCGGCGAUCGCCGGAGGGGAGGGGACAGCCAGCGGGGCAGGAAGCUGCAGCUUAAAAAGAGCCAUUCCGCGCCCAGCCGUUCCUCCCUCUCUAGGUGCCCGGUUCCUCAGAGCGCCUGUCCUCCGCGGCCUCCGCCCCGCCGCCAUGUACCGCUGUCUGGGCGAAGCGCUGCUGCUAUCCCGCUCCGGGCCCGCCGCCCUGACGUCGGCGGCGGCUGACUCGGCCGCGCUGCUGGGCCGCAGCCGUGGCCAGCCCUCCGCCGCCGCCGCCGCCGCCGCCCCGCUGCCCGGCCUCACGCCGCCCGCCCGGCGACACUACAGCGAAGCGUCGGCCGACCGCGAGGACGACCCCAACUUCUUCAAGAUGGUGGAGGGCUUCUUCGAUCGCGGCGCCAGCAUCGUGGAGGACAAGCUGGUGGAGGAUCUCAAGACCCGGGAGAGCGAGGAACAGAAGCGGAACCGGGUGCGCGGCAUCCUGCGGAUCAUCAAGCCCUGCAACCAUGUGCUGAGCCUGUCCUUCCCCAUCCGGCGCGACGACGGCUCCUGGGAGGUCAUCGAGGGCUACCGGGCCCAGCACAGCCAGCACCGCACCCCCUGCAAGGGAGGUAUUCGUUACAGCACUGAUGUGAGUGUGGAUGAAGUGAAGGCUUUGGCUUCUCUGAUGACAUAUAAGUGUGCAGUGGUGGAUGUGCCAUUUGGAGGUGCCAAAGCUGGUGUUAAGAUCAAUCCCAAGAACUAUACUGAUAAUGAAUUGGAAAAGAUCACAAGGAGGUUUACCAUGGAGCUGGCAAAGAAGGGCUUUAUUGGUCCUGGCAUUGAUGUGCCUGCCCCAGACAUGAGCACAGGUGAGCGGGAGAUGUCCUGGAUUGCUGACACCUACGCUAGCACCAUAGGGCAUUAUGAUAUUAAUGCUCAUGCCUGUGUUACUGGCAAGCCUAUUAGCCAGGGUGGAAUCCAUGGACGGAUCUCUGCUACCGGCCGAGGAGUUUUCCAUGGGAUUGAAAACUUCAUUAAUGAAGCUUCGUAUAUGAGCAUUUUAGGAAUGACACCAGGAUUUGGAGACAAAACAUUUGUUGUUCAGGGAUUUGGUAAUGUGGGCCUACAUUCUAUGAGAUAUUUACAUCGUUUUGGUGCUAAAUGUGUUGGUGUUGGUGAAUCUGAUGGGAGCAUAUGGAAUCCAGAUGGUAUUGACCCAAAAGAACUAGAAGACUUCAAAUUGCAACAUGGAUCAAUUCUUGGCUUCCCCAAGGCAAAGCCUUAUGAAGGGAGCAUCUUGGAGGCUGACUGUGACAUAUUGAUUCCUGCUGCCAGUGAAAAGCAGCUGACCAAGUCUAAUGCUCCGAGAGUCAAAGCCAAGAUCAUUGCUGAAGGUGCCAAUGGACCCACAACUCCAGAAGCUGAUAAGAUUUUUCUAGAGAGGAACAUAAUGGUUAUUCCGGAUCUCUAUUUGAAUGCUGGGGGAGUGACAGUAUCUUACUUUGAGUGGCUGAAGAAUCUAAAUCAUGUCAGCUAUGGCCGUUUGACUUUCAAAUAUGAAAGAGAUUCUAACUACCACUUACUCAUGUCUGUUCAGGAAAGUUUGGAAAGAAAAUUUGGAAAACAUGGUGGAACAAUUCCAGUUGUGCCCACAGCAGAGUUCCAAGACAGGAUAUCGGGUGCAUCUGAGAAAGACAUUGUGCACUCUGGCUUAGCUUACACUAUGGAACGUUCUGCCAGGCAAAUCAUGCGCACUGCCAUGAAGUAUAACCUGGGAUUAGACCUGAGAACAGCUGCCUAUGUCAAUGCCAUUGAGAAAGUCUUCAAGGUAUACAAUGAAGCUGGUGUGACCUUCACAUAGAAGGAUUGUGGCUGACUUCUUCAAUACCCUUUUCACCUCUUCAUCUGCAGACCUAUCACAAGUUUACACGUAACCACAGAAUUCUCUUUCUCUCUUGACAUUUAAUAAUGGGUACCAUUCUCAACAAGCCAAUCCAAAUCAGCCCCUUAAGAAGAAAGAAGGAAACUUAAGAUUAGGGGGAUCAUGUAUAAACUGAUGAGUGGAUGUUGAAAUCACCCACUUCAGAGAGCCAUUUGGGUAUUUUGCCUUUGAAUAAAAAGUCUCUUCCACCUGGCUAUGCUGCCUGGCUCUGUGGCUGUUUCCCAACACGAUCAGAGCUGUGGCCCCAGAGAGCACCUGUUGCCUGAGAGUAGCCAGUCGCUCGCCACGUUAGCUCUGGACAAGUCUGAUACGUGCUUUGACUUGGAAACAUUUCAGAAGCAUUUGUCUGUGGCAUUUUUAGAAGUAGCAUGGUCCUCAAGUGAGUUAUUGGUAUUUUACAUUAGUAGAAUAACUCAGUUUUACAGACUGCAAACAAAAAUAAAAGCCGUUUCUCUUCAUGCAUUUUAUUCUCCUAGAAUAAAAUAAGUACAUGCUGCUGUAAUAAAAUUGCCUUUAAUCACUUACUAAGCCUGACUUGGACUCAAGCAGUGGAUGCCUAUAAACAUAAUAAAUGGAUAAAGCUAGUAUUUUUAUAACAUGAAACACUAUCAUGUAUAGCUUAUCAAUCAUGUAUUGUAGCUCAGCAAAUAUAAAAAGCCCAUUGGCGAAUCAAGCUCCCUUCAUACUUGCAAAUAGAUGGAGGCUAUUUUUGCUAAGACUGUUCAAAUUUACUAAUUAUGACAGAUAGUCCAAAGAGUUCAGUAACCUCCUUAACAUGGUAAUUAACUUUUCUCUUUUAAAGUUCUAUUGCAUUGACUAAUUAAACAAUUCAAGUAGAAUGCUCCAGAUAAAAACCACAUGGUCCCCCUGUUUGGAGUCUGGUUGACUCUGAGCGUGGCCAGUGGCCUCCAUUUGACCUGAGAGGCCUUGUAUUCCGCACACAACAUCAUUAACUGUGGGAUGGAAACAAUCUUUGGUUGAGUAUUUUCUUUGGGAGUUAUUUUGCUAGGGACUUUUUAACAGUAGUGUCCCAGUGAAAUACUAGGUACUAUUUAUGUAAGAAUGAGCUUUUUUAAAACAACAACAACAACAUCCUUUCAGAAAUUUCUAACUACUUUGUAACUGCAUGACUUAACUCAGUGAUAAAAGCAGUUAUUAAAAGUCUACCUUUUCCAAAACUUACAUUUCUUUCCUGUGUUUUUGUAUUUGAUACUGUCUUCUAGCCAAUGACAAAACUCUAAUUGGGCUUCAGAAUUUUUUUAGCCAGUACCGUCUAUAAACACUCUCUACUAUGAUGUGAACUGCCUAGAUUUUAUUCUUGAUUCUUUUGUGUUUCAUUCUAUUAAACAGUAUCAGUGGCUCUUCUUAGAAGAGGUUUUUGUGCUUGAAGCUAAUAAACUGAAAUAAUUUGUGUGCCUCUUUGAAA